AUCGUAAUAGGCAUAUAAUUGGAAACCUACGAUAAACCUUUUGUUGUCAGAAAUAUGUCCUGUUUGCCUUGGAAAGGGCAUUCGAGACAUAUGGAUGCCAAUGAUGUAAUAAACAGUAUCUAUCACGAAAGACAACGAUAUGAAUUAUGUGCUCUUCACGCCCUCAAUAAUAUAUUUCAAGAUCCGAAUGCGUUUUCGAAAGAAAUUCUUGACGACAUAUGCUACAAGUUAUCACCAGACACAAUGUUGAAUCCACAUAAAAGCGUACUCGGUACUGGAGAUUAUGAUGUAAAUGUUAUCAUGGCAGCUUUACAAUCGAAAGGUUAUGCUGCCAUUUGGUGGGAUAAACGAAAGAACAUAAGUUCCCUUCACCUACCGAGUGUCAAAGGUUUAAUGUUGAAUAUUCCAUCCGAAAUUGAUCUUGGCCUUUUCAAAUUACCUCUGAAACGAAGACAUUGGAUCGCGUUGCUUGCAAUAGAUGAGGUUUUUUAUAAUCUUGACUCAAAAUUGAAGAAACCAUCGUUAAUUGGCGGACGAGACUUAAUAAGGGCUUACCUCGAGAAACUACUCGGUGCCAAGAACAGUGAACUACUCUUGGUUGUUGACAAUGUAGUGGAGCAAACUCGAGAAUGGAAAACUGUGACUCCCAAUAAUUCUGAGAGUAGUUUAGAGACAACAUAGCAGAAUGAUCUAAAAAAUGCGCUGCCAUGAGAAUUAUGUUUGCAGUAAUUGACAUGUUUAUAAAUACCGUAAUCUGGAAAUGCCAUCAUUGAUGAGGUAUAGCCGUUAGCAUUUUCUGGUAGAAGUACUGAUAGCUGAACUGAGAAUGGUUAAGCGAUUCGUCGGAACGUUUUGUCUAAAGUUACAUUUUUCUGUGAAAUGUUGUGUGUGUAUUUUAUACUUAAUCUAAGAUUUAUUAUCUUGGAUAACAUAAUUAAAUUUCAUACUUUAACAAAUAUUGAACUAUCAAAUUAUUGUGAAAUUUGCAUUGUUCGAAUCGUUUCGUGAGGCACAUCAUAUCUUAUCGAUAUUUAUAAUUCAGUCUUUUUCAUCUUCCUGCUUCCUUUUUGUUUUGUCAAUAUUUUAUCAUUCAGAAGGCUUAUGUUUGAAUGGAAUUACACUUGCAAUCAUCGUUUAAAUGAAACAAAUAUAGCUAAUAAAGUAUGCUUUUAUUCUGAUAUUAUAACAUUUUCAAUAAAUUCACUUAGAAUUUCACGGUACUUUGGCAACAAGAAGUCUGGGAUUUUUCAUGCAGUUUUUCAUGCCUACCUACGAUUGCCUUUGAUCGCUGUAAAAAUGAUCUCGUCUUAUAUAUAUCAUUGCCUCGCUGUAUACUUAACGACCCUAUUAAUGUAAUUCAAAUUUGUAAGUUUUGUCACCAAUGUGAUUAUGUGUCACCACAAGGCAUGGUUUUUGCACCAUCAGUCUUUUUACUUUAUGAUGAAUACUUUCUCGUCCAGUGCAUAUAUGUAAUAUAGUAUAACUUAGCUAACAUGGCAUGUGAAAUGUCAUUGUCAUUCUCUAAUCAAGUGUGCAGUUUAACUUGUUUGUUUGUCUGGUUGAAAAUAGCAAUCAAAUUGGUGAUCCAAGUUUUUCACUUUCACAUGUUUCUGUAUUUAAGACAGCAAUUUCUUCUCGCCUAAUCUAUGGUAAUUCAUCCAUUUUUGAUGGUUUACCUGAAGAUUUCGUUUCAUUUAUUUUAUUUUCAAGUCUGUAUAUUGUUUUCAUGUACUAGCCUUUCUCGAAAAGUCGUUCAUACAAGAUUGCUCAAGUUCAAGAUGUUUUAGCAACCGAUUUACUAAUGCUAAACUUGAAAUUGAAUGAAAUAUCAACACCCACAAACUGAAACUUAACAUUGAAACUGAAUGAAUGCAUAUAUAUACUGGCAUUUGCGUAAGAACUCUUUCCUAACUUGAGUAACUGAUGUAUUUGGGUUUCAAAAUAAAAUGAUGAGGUAUGGAUGUGGCUAGGUGGAAGUUGAUUCUUUUCUUUGGUACCCUAUUUUGGUGCAUUUGUUAUUGUUUUUUUUUCUCUCAAUAUAUAUUUCACAAAGUUUAAAUAGAAAA